AUGGUCUUCUACAAAAGGGCCCCGGUGCCCUCGGUGCCGGACCCAAACAUCCGCGACGAAAAUACCACGGUCUGGAUGAUCAAGGCUACAGGCGAGAUAUUCACCGAGUAUGACAAGUACACGAACAGGUUGGACUUUUAUCGCAAGAAGCAAUUCACGAACCAAAUUACUGGCCAAGGCAACCUUUCCUUCUUUGACGCGUUAGAGGCAGAGGACGAAGAUGCUCGUGAAAUCAGGAGUAUAUUUCCCGGACCUUUGCGGUUUCAAGUAUGCCGGAAGGUUCACCAUUCGACAAUUCCCCGCCUCGAGGAGCUGGUGACUCGCGUCCACGCCGAUUUGAAGGACGACUACUAUCCCGGUGAGCAUGUCAUUGCUCAGAUCGACGAGAGUGCGGACAAGCGCCAGCCCGGUGUCAUUCGCGAUAAGAUCACGUUUUCGCCGUCCGUAGACAUAAGGAGCCACCCGACACUGCACCAGCCGCCACUGUCCCGUUACUUUGUCACCGUGCAGCACGAGGAUGGCCAGUCCAAUGAUAUGCUUCUGGAUAGCAAACGGCUGUCAAGGGAUCGCAGAACGUACUCGAGGUCAAUCUUGCGAAGCUUUAUCAGAAACAUCGCCCACAGCGAGAACUACAAGGGUGCGCCGUGGCAAGUGAAACCGGAGCUUGUCCAGCAGUUUAAGCUACCCGAAAAGGUCCCAUACGCUUUGACCGCACAAGGAAUUGCAGAAGCCAAGAGAAACGUCAUGAAGAACGAAAACACAACUUUCUUCAAUUACUACCGGGGCCCAGGUAAUGAACUCCAGCGCCAGCCUCCACAGACCGUCGCUUUUCAACAAACCAUGUUCCCUCCACCCCCACCCGCCACUGGCGUGUUCAGACCAGGACCCGGCGUUCCAGCUCCACCUCCGUUCCAGCAACCUCUAGGCCCCAACGGUACUCCACCCAUCCCGAUGAAUGGUCAAUACGGCCCACCUCAGCAUCAAAUCACCAUUCCCUCCCGGCCGCCACCCGCUCACGCCCCGCCGCGGCCGGCUCCCAUCAAGUACCCCAUAGAGGAUCUUCUCAUCCAGCCUAAACGUAACGGACUCCAGCGACCGGCGCUCAAAUUCUUGUCCGAUGAUGUCCCUGAAGGCGCCGAGCCUCCAGCGGAGCCGCUCGGCAUUGAGAUGAAGUCUGUAGGAGAUCUCUUGUUCGUUUGGCAGACUCUCAACGUUCAUGCCGAAGUCUUUAUUCUGGACUCAUUCACCGUGGAUGACUUCAUUGAAGCGCUUGGUUACCACGGAGAUGCUACGGGCUGUGAGCUUCUUGUUGAGAUGCACUGUGCUGUCUUGAAACAGCUGGUGGAUGAAAAGGGCCACAUCAAGGUCCUUUCGGAUUUGGCUUCCGAGUUCUCCCAGGACAUUGAACCGGAGGAGGAGGAGGAGGAGGAGGAGGCCGAAGAAGAUACCAAGUCACCAACGCCAGCCCGCUCGGAGACUCCACCUGCCAGGCGUACCCGCGCAAGCUUGAGCAAGUUGCAAGCUCAAGAACUGGCUGAGCCGGAGCCGGAGAAAGAGGCUGCGCCCGAGAAGACUAACCGUGCGUCAGAAUUGCUUUCCCAAUUUGACUGGAUCGAUCACCUGGCGCGACGCAGCUUCAUGGAUGGAGGUUGGCAGUCGAUUUUGGUUGGUGCGCUGCGCCAGGCAUCCCUCAAUCCUCGUCGCAAGGAGGUUUGCGAGAAGAUCCUUGCUCACCUUGUGCCCUCGGACUUGGAUCCUGACCCCGAAACCGUCGCCCUUCAGUACAACACACUGGACAUCAACUUCCGCAUUGCCAUUCUGGGCAUCAUAACACAGUACGCCACCUUCACGGACGCUGUUCGCACCUACAUGCAGACCUGCAAUGUCAACAUGACCGCAAUCCGAAACCAGAAGAUGGAACAGCAGAAGAAGCGGAAGGAGUACCAGGCAGAUCUGGCCCAACUGGAGCAGAAGAGAAAGAUGGAUUAUCCAGCAACUUUGUCUGUCUCGCCCCCUGCUGAAACCAAUGGCGAUGUCAGCAUGUCUGGUGUCACAGAACCCGACACCCAUGCUGAGCAUGAAGGCGGGGAAGACGAGGAGGGCGCCCGCCGCCUCCGCCGCGCCAACAGCCGCAAGCGGAAACACGAAGAUGAGACUACCCGGAAGGAGAGGGAGCGUAAGGAGAAGGAAGAGGCCGAGAGAGCCAAGCAGAGGAACGCCUAUCGCGAGCUGCUGAAGAAAAUCGACAAGACGAAUGAUGCUAUCAGGACCUGCGAGGCGGAAAUCAAGAAAUUCGACGAGGAACUCCGAGAGAACCAGUGCCAGCAAUUACGGUGUCUUGGCAAGGAUCGAUUCUGCAAUACCUAUUGGUGGCUCGAGCGAUGGGGAAUGCCACUCGGUGGCCUUCCUACCAGUUCCACUGCUGAAUAUGGCUACGUCAACGGUCGCCUUUGGAUCCAGGGACCGGAUCCUCUUGACAAGCCUCUUCUGGAACACGAAAACUCCGAAGAUGAGAGGGAGUACAAGGCACUCACUGGCAUGUCUAAGAAGGAACGCCGCGAUGUGGAGGAAGGCCCCGUGCACUUGACCGACUCGAUGCAAUGGGGUUACAUCGACAACCCUGAAGACGUACAGAAGAUCCACGAAUGGCUGGAUGACCGUGGCCACCGUGAGUUGAAGCUUAAGAAAGAGCUCGGCAUGUGGCAGGACUCGAUCAUUGAGUACAUGGUCAACUGGAAGAAUCACCUCAGCGAGGUCCAGGCCCAGAAGACGGCCGGUGAGGACACGACAGGUAUCCAGACCAGGAAGAAGACUUACACGGAGAAUGACUCAUCCAAGUACUGGUGUCUCAAGUGGGAGAAUUCCUACGCCCUGGAUCACUUGGAGCAUCUUCACUCGCAGCAACCGCCGCCGAAGACGAAGGCAAAGAACUCCCGCGCGAAGAAGGGUGCCCGUUGA